CUUUUCCGUCGUGCAACCCAGCAAGUGCACGAGGAGACGAUGAAGCUCUAUGUGCAAGGCAUGGCGGUCGUCGCUGCAGUGGCUUCACUGGUGAGUCCAGUGGAUGCCCUUAGUGAAGAUUGGAUUGGCGACGUGAUGAAGCAGACCUUCCCGGACAUGCCGAGUGUGAUGAGCGUAGUCCUGACUAAGCCCGAUCCGUGUGAGGUCGCGGUGACGUCGCUCACCAAGCCACGCAAGGACGAGGACAUGUUUGACAAGAUUUUUGAAAGCCUCUUCCCGGCGCACCGCGCGUGCCGCGGCCAGCUUAUGUUCUCCCAAGUCGAGGAGGAAGAGUGCAUGGCGAUCCAAAGUUCGCCCUCGAUCGAGGACAUGCUGGCGCACGGAAUCACGUCGCCUCCGCUUGUGUGCGGCUGGCGCCAAUUCUGGGUAGAAGCUGCUGACGACACGGCGCCGUUUAACUCGUGCGAGCUGUGCGAACGCUCGGUGGCCAUGAUUGAAAACACCUUUGACAAGCAAGAAUUAGCGCUUGAGGUGGUCGAGGAAGCCCUCAAGCUGUUGUGCGAGUACCUUCCAUCGUCGUCGAAGUGCAACGUUAUCUUGACUCGUCUGAACGACAUUGUCAAGUGGCUCAAGGAAGGCUUGAGCCCCAAGCACAUUUGCCAAAAAAUCUCCAUGUGCAAGCAGACAUUGCCGCGUCUGACGGCUGCGGCCAUUACCUCCACGCCAUCGUCGCAUCUUCGCGCGUCUCCCGAGCGCGACGAGCUUUGUGCGAUCUGCCGGGACAACACGAACGCCAUGCACUCGUUGAUCGGCAUGCCCCAUGGCCUCAAGUUGUACAAGGACGGGUUGGACGCGGUGUGCGCGCACGCUGCCGAGUCGAAAGCGUGUCAAUUCAUGUCGAGUCAUUUCGCCUCGUUGGCCAAGCAAUUGAAGCAAGGCGACGAUGUCCUCACAACCUGCCAAAAGGUCCGCGCAUGUGUGUCCGAGACAGCGAUCGCGGCCGCCGCGCCGACGUUCCUGGGCUGCGUUUAUUGCGAAUUUGUCGGCCAAGUUGUGACGUCGGCGCUGCACCAAGGGGGUGCCGACACGCUGCCAGUGGUCAAGGAAGGCCUCGACGGUCUCUGUUCCAACCUGCCACCUCAAGCCCAGUGCUCGGCGAUGGACCAACACUUUGACGAAUUGGCCGACCUGAUGGGCCAGGGCAAGACCCCGAAGGAUGGCUGCGAGGCCGUGCGGAUGUGCGCGCCGGUCGAGAAGGGAGCGUUAGUGGUGGGCCGCCCGCCGUCGGCCGAGGCGAAACCCGCCCAUUUCCUGGCCAUUCUGGACCAACUUGUCGAGCAACUGGGCUCGCCUACUUAUGACGUGGCGCAUUAUGUGGGCUGUUCGACCUGCGAACAUGUGGCGUAUGCGAUCCAGCGCGUGGAGAAAUCGCACAAGGCGUCGUUGCCCAAGUUGAAGAAGGCUAUUUCCACAUUGUGCCGCUUUUUACCACCUUGCACCAAGUGCCGAGACAUUGCCGCCAAGUUUGACGAGUUGGACGCGCUCUUGAACAAGGGCGACCAGGCCAAACCGGCGUGCAUCGAGCUCGGAUUCUGCAUCCCAGAAGUGGAACCUGCCGAGAGCAGUAGUAGCAGUAGCCAUCUUGUGGACGAGGCCUUGAAGCAACUGGAAGCGCGAGUGAACGACAAGGCGAUGAUGGUGGCCCAGUCUGGGCAUGCCGACAUAUUGGGCUGUGUGAUGUGCCAGUCGACGGGAGAGGUCAUUGCUCAAGUGGCCAAGUACUCGAAAGAUGCGAUGCCGUUGCUCAAGAUUGGCAUGGAAACGUUGUGUACGCGCCUGCCCGCGGAAGCCAAAUGCGCAAAGGUGCUGGGGGCAUUUGAUCAACUGGCCCAGCUGAUUGAAGUCGGCUCGUCGCCGUUGGACGCGUGUGUGCAUGUGCAGCUGUGCGACAAGGUGGCUGCUUCAUCUGAGACGGUGGUGGAGCAAGCACUGCACAAGAUAGAGUCGACAGUGUCCACGUGGACUAAAGGAGACGACGUGACGUGUGAAAUGUGCGAGGCGGUCACGGCCACGAUCAUGUCGAUUGAAAAAGUGAACAAGCAGUACCUGAUGGCAUUCAAGCUUGGCCUUGGCGUGCUCUGUGAUCGAUUCCAAACCCCACAGUGCAUUCACGUGAUGCCUGAAUUUGACCAUUUGGUCGAGUUGGUCGAGAACGGCAAGGACUUUGUGGAAGCGUGCCACGUGGCCAAACUGUGCGAAGCGACCAAAACUGGGCCUGGCCCACUGGGACAUUUGAAGGACGUGAACGGCUUGGAAUCGCAGGUCCAGAGCUGGCUGACGCACACGCCGAGCCACGAGAGCUCGGACGUGCUGAGCUGCGUGUUUUGCGAGUACACGGGGCUGGUAAUUGCCAAAGUGGUGGCGUACGACAAGAGCGUGGUGCCGUUUGUGAAGCAAGGUAUUGACACGUUGUGCUCGCGGCUGCCCAUGGAAGCGCAGUGCGAGGCGGUGGUAGCCCAGUUUGAUCCGCUCGCGAAACUGAUUGAAGACGGCGUGGCGGCGCCCGACGCGUGUGCCAAGGUGCACUUGUGUGGCCCCCCGACCAAGCAGAUUGCGACGACGUCAAACGGGUUUGUGCAGAGCCAGCUGGGCGACUUUGCCGUCAAAUUGCACGCCAGGGAGGAAGCUACCACCCGCCGCCCAAAUGACAUUUUAACGUGUUUGCUGUGCGAAGACGUGUCGCAGCUGAUCAAAGUCGUGACCAACUACGACAAGGACGUGGUGCCGCUGCUCAAGACGGGCCUCCAAGCGCUGUGCUCGCAAGUGCAGCAGCUGCAAGCGCAGUGCAACACGGUGGUGGGCAAGUUUGACGCACUGGCGGCGUUGGUGGAAGGCGGUACAGACCCGUCGGAAGCAUGCUUCAAGACGCACUUGUGUGCGCUCGGCAAGCUGGCGACGUUGGACUUGGAAGCCCAGGUGGCGUCGCUGGUGAACCACGUCGCAGAUGUGGGCUCGGACGAAGGGUGUCUGUUUUGCCAGUACGCGUCCGAGUCGAUUGGGACGGUGAUCAAGAUGGACAAGCACCAGCUGCCGUUGGUGCGCGAAGCCAUUGGCGCCAUGUGCUCGAUCCUGCCGCCGUCGGUGCACUGUGAUGACGUGAAUGAACACUUUGAAGACUUGGCCAAGUGGUUGGAAGGUGGGUCCACGGCGCUGGACGUGUGCCACCGUAUCGCAGUGUGCAAAGUGGCCACCCACCAGCAGCAGCCUGCGGUCCUGCAAAUGCAACAAGUGAUUGACGACCUCGUGGCCGACGAGUAAGUAGGUGCCGUGAUACUGGACGCGUGGCCCCACGUGAUAACGAAAUAAACAAACAUGAUUUGGGUUUUACCUUAGCUGAGA